AUGGUCAACAUCACUGACUCGACGUGUGACUUUGGACUCGCACUCACAGAGGACGGAUGCACUCGAACGCUAGCGUCCUACGACCUUGACGCGUACCGUACCAUCCAAGCCGUCUAUCUGGCAUUGGGAGGAAUCAGCGUUGCUGCUAGCGUUAUUCUUUAUAUUCGGUCUGUGAAGCAUGAGGGCGCUUUGCUACAACAGUACAGCUUUCUGUUUUGCUGCUACGGUGCCGUAACUAUGGUUAUCCGUGGCGCCGAUCCACUAAGCUACGGGUAUGUAAUCCCGCGUCCGAUUAGCGCCUUCCUCGCCGAUACGUGCACCGCUGCCCUCUACUCCGUGUACAUCAUGGCUUUGGGUUACUGGGCCACCAUCAUCCAGCGUGGUGCAGCGGUGACUGACAAACCCCCGCAUCUUGUAUGUUUAGAAAGCAUUGCUAUCGCCGUUGUCUGGACGUUCCAGAUCCUGUACGACAUGUGCCUCUUCCUGUUCAAAGGUUUCAACCCGCAGGGUCUAGUCUACAUGCAGCUCACUGUGAGUGCGUGCAUGCUGGGUAGCAUCAGCACGGUCUUUCUCAUUUAUGGGCUGCGUGUGCUGAGUCGUCUGAAGCAAUACGAGCGACAGCUGAAGCUACGCAUGCCGAGUUUACAAUCUGACCGCAUGGUGUCUAACCGGUCCUUCGACAUGAAUAUGAGUGACGAUGAAGACGGCAUCCCUGUGAUGCGCAAGGUGCGUCGUCGUCCAGAGGAGGGCCACGCUGCAAAGAUCAAGAAGAUUCUGUUAGUGGUGGAGACGUGCUCGCUCGUUGUCAUAGCCGCCCAGAUGUACAUUGCUAUCCACCACACAAACGUAACCCCGGUCGAAUUGUCUUGCGCGAAUGGCAAGCUGUGCGAAAGCGUUAAGUGCUCCGUGAAUGUGCUUCACGUUUUUCAGGUUAUCUGCAUCUGGGUCAUUCUGUGGACCUUCCGCAAAAUCCAAAAGAAGGCAGUCGUCCCGAGGCCACACCGCGUCGCUUAA